AUGGCGACGAUACCGCCCAAAUUCCAGCAGUCAAGCGUUCCGACCAAAGAGCUGUUGCCGUUUGUUCACAGCCAACCCACGCUUCGUCUGUAUCCUCUCAGCAACUAUACUUUCGGCACGAAAGAGACGCAGCCAGAGGAGGACCCAUCCGUCAAGGACCGACUGCGACGUCUGGAGGAGCACUACGAGAAGCAUGGCAUGCGCCGCACGUGCGAGGGCAUUCUGGUCUGCCACGAGCACAAUCACCCGCACGUGCUGAUGCUGCAGAUUGCCAAUGCGUUUUUCAAGCUCCCUGGCGACUAUCUUCGCCACGAUGUCGACGAGAUUGAGGGCUUCAAAGAGCGCCUGAACGAACGCCUCGCGCCCACGGGCUCGCUCGGAGAUUCGGCCACAGCAGCAGAUCGCGACUGGAACAUCGCCGACACCCUCGCCCAAUGGUAUCGACCAAACUUCGAGACCUUCAUGUACCCCUUCCUGCCACCUCAUGUCACGCGACCGAAAGAGUGCAAGAAGUUGUACCUCAUCCAGCUUCCUGAAGGCAAAGUGCUCAGCGUGCCCAAAAACAUGAAAUUGUUGGCUGUGCCUCUUUUCGAGCUGUAUGACAACAGCCAGAGGUAUGGGCCACAGCUGAGUGCCAUCCCACACUACCUCAGCCGCUAUCGAUUCGAGUUUGUGGAUGAGCAGGGAGAGGUGGUGUCGUAUACUCCGGGUGGUCCCAUCGACGAGAAUGUGAAGACCAAAAUCUUGGCUGGAGAGCAGAAUGGAGUCAAAGCAGAA